UGCCAGCAUCUUGUUGUUGGCAAAGAGACAUGAAGAUGUUUCUCAUUGUGGAAGUCUGCUAUAUAUAUUACAGAGUCAGAAGUUCAAAAAGUGUGGGAGCAUAGGAAGAGUUUCUGCUUCUUAAAAAAAAAACAAUAAUAAGAAAAGGUUAUAUGACCAAAAGGAGGCUUUGCUUCAGAAAUGAACGCCUUCUGAUGUGUUGUGUUAUGUCAAAACAAAACUAAAAAGAAAAAAAAGAGAGUAAAAGACUGUUGUGUGUUGUAAAUUGACAUUCUCGCUCACAUUAUCGAUCAGUUCCGCUUAUUUGAUUUUGUGUAUGAUUGUUUACUUUAUCUUCAAAAAUUUUGCCAAGUAAACCGAACUUAUUGUAUCUAAAGUGUGUUGAUGUUAGACAAAAGAAAACACAGUCAUGAACUACAUAUGGUCAAGUAGUUCCAAAGUCCAAUGAUAUACCACCUAACGUAAUGUCUUUCUGAGGGUCAGGCAUUAUUGACUAUACUGUAGUAAUCUUCUCCGCCUUGCGGAUAUUUAACUUAAUCCUUGAAUGCAUUCUCCAUUCCAUCCAUUCAAUUCUUAGCUCCUCUCUAAACUAGUUAUGUAUCUUAAUGACUCUCCUCAACUUCUUGCAGUCAUUGAUCUGAAAAUGACAAAGGGACCGGCAUAUAAUCUUCUUCUACAUAUGAUCCACUUCUUGAAUGUUUUAGUGUUAAUAAUUCUUUAAGAAAAAUGAAGAAUGAAUCAUAUGAAAACAUAUUCCCCUAUAAAUGAUGUAAUUUUUAAGGAGUGAGACAAGUUUUUUUUGUUAAAAUUUAAAGUUUAUACCGUUGUUAAUUAAAAAUAACAUAAUGGUACUUUCUGGAAAUAAAUUUAAUGGAUUUUUUUUUUUAAUUUUCCUUAUUUUGUGCACUUUUCCUGAGUUCCAAACGUAAAUAUGUUCUUUUAGAGCUAAUACUACUAUAGUAGUUUUAUUUAUCUAGGGUUUGUGGAAUUCACCACGAAGCCAGCCAGCCAGCCAUGGAAGAUUCACAACCGUGUCUCGUUCACGCAGGAAACAGCACAACAACAACCAUUCCUUUUGAUCUGAUCAUCGAGAUACUCUCUCUACUUCCUGCGAAAUCGCUCUUUCGAUUCCAAUCCGUGUCAAAACAAUGGUUCUCUACCAUCCGCAGCAAAUUUUUUGUAGACUUGUUCCAGACUAGGUCAAAGAGUCGGCCUCGUCUCCUUCUCUCGCUCUAUCUCAGAGAUGCUGAGGAGCAGUUCAUCUUUUCGGCUCCUGAACACACAUACGAUGAUGAUAAAUCCUCCUCCACCAGUGUCAUGGCAAGAUACGAUAUGUCGAUCUCGGCUCCAGGCUACAACGUGCUAUAUGGUGCGGUCAACGGUUUUGUCUGCUUCAAAAAAUUUAGCUGUAAUACCAUCGCCGUUUAUAAUCCCACCACUAGACAAAUUGUGAAACUGCCAGACUUUACACCCAACGGAAGAUACAUGCACGCACGUCUUGGGUACGAUCCAGUCGAAGAUCAGUACAAGGUGUUAUGUGUGAAGAUGUUUGACCAUAAAAGGCAACAACAGGAGCAUUUCGUUUGCACUGUGAGUUCAUCUCAGAAACAAGAGUGGAGAAAGAUCGAGAACCUGACCGGAGAUACUUACGGCUAUGUCUGCGGAGAGACAUGCAUUGAUGGCGUUCUAUACUAUGGAGCUGAACAUUCAAGAAUAGUUAGGUUCGAUGUUAGAUCUGAGAAGAUUGAGUUUAUAAAAAUCCCCAAGCUGGAGUCAUAUAUAUCUCACACAUACAUGUCCAUAUUUAUAAAUUACAAGGGGAAAUUGGCCGGUGUAGAUUAUUCUUUAACAAAAAAAUUGAUGACAUUGCGGGUUCUUGAAGAUGCUGAGAAACAGGAAUGGUCGAGCAUGAAGUGUGUCUUACCUUCUAAGUGGGAAGAUUUACGUGAGACUCACUUAAUGUGUCGAGGAGUGAUCCAUACGGGCGAGCUUAUGGUGGACAGUGGAUUGUUAGACUCAUCUAAGCCUUUUUAUGUUUGUUAUUAUGAUUUUAAUAAAAAGAUUAUAAGAAAAGUAGAGAUCCUAGGAAUGAAGGAUGGUGAUUUCCGACAUAUCCAUGGGACUAAAUAUUGGAUUUGGAUGUUAUGUUUUCCAGGUCACAUUGAGAAUAUUAGGUUCUUGUAAGGAAUUUAUUUAUUUAUUAUUAUUAUUAUUCACUGGUUUAUGGUUCAAUAGUUUCUUCCAUUCAAUUUGAUAGUUACUUGAUUAUGAUCUGAGUUUGUUAGAAAAGAUUAAAUUCCUGGAAAAUAAUUUUUCUGUUUGUUUUAAGAGCUUGGGUUAGUUUUAUCUAUUUGGUAUGAUUGUUACUUAUCUUCGAAAAUUUGGCCAAGCAAAAACCAAAUGUAUUGUAUCUAAAGUGUUGGAGAUGUUAAAUAAAACGAAAAAAAAAACGAAUUGUGGUGCUGAGUAAUGGUGGUUCUGAUGAAUGGUUGCAUUACAGUCUCAAGUUGUAGAUAGAGUUGAUCUUGCAAUCAAAACCAGAGAUUAUAGGGGGGAGCAGAUGCUUAUUCAUGUAGUUCAAAAAGGUAUUGGCCUUUUGUGUUCGAUACAAACUAGAAGUCUAGAAUCCACCCUUACACACCAGAAACAGCACAAAUUCAUUUGUCAAUCCAGGAAAAAAAAAACUAUAGAAAAAGCCUUUAUACCUGAACAUGAACAUUUCAGAAAGAUACAUUUCUUUGAUAAUCUUGCCUGAAAAAAAACGAGACGUCUUUGGCUUCUCAUCUCUUUCUCUUGGAACCGGCGCCUCCUCCUGUCUCCUUCUUCCCAGCUUCGGCGGCUUUGCCUCUGCCUCUGCCUCUGCCUCUAUCAGCUGCCUUUCUUGAACCUGAGCUUCCAAAUCCUUUCAAAUCCACUUCAACAUAUAACAUAGAAUAUCUCAUAUCAUGUUAGUCACAAACAAGUGUAUAUAUAUUGCGUUCAUGAACAAGGAACAGAUACUAACCUUAGGCAGUGUCUGCAGUGGGCUCAUCAAGCGAUUCAAGAGAAGGGGAAGAUAAUCAACACGAAGAGUCUCCCUGUGGUCAAUGUUUACGUUAGUCAGAAAGUUGGAAUCAAAUAUAUAUAUUAUAUCACAUGGCAGGAGGUCAAGAAAGUUGACUCUGGAUGAAAUAUGAAGAGAGGCAACGUAGCAGUUAAAUACACAAGGUUUAAUAUCAUCAUAUUCUAGGCAGCUUCAGAGCUACAAAAGGCUCAUACCAUAACCAUAUGUAACUGGAAGCAUGCAUAAGUAAACCCUAGUAACAGUUCUACAUCAACAGAAUCCAGCAAAACUAUUUUCUCGAGGCAGAUGUUUCUAAGUUAGGGUUAUAUCCAAGCGAAAUCGAACCCUUGAUUCACCUCCGGCGAAUUGUCCGGCUACAAGCGAUUUAGUUGAAGUAGAAGAAGAAGAAACGGUCGCCGUGUAAUGCACAGCUCUCUAACGCAGUAAAAAAUAAUUUUUUUUACUGUCUAAGUUUUUUUAAAUGAAACCCUUGCUUUACGAAAAAACGUGUGAUAGAAGCUGUAAAGUUUACAAUGUUAACAUUUUAACCCAAUCCUACCUCUCUCUCUGACUAAAAUCAUGGCAGCUACACAGCUUGUUUGUUGAGCUAUACAAAAGGUAAAGAUUAGAGAAUAGAUUGUAGUUGUUUAGAGGUUAUGUACUUAACCAGUAGUAAAACUCUUGAUUUCACACAUAUAUGGAGUAUACAAAUUUGUUUUAACCAUUAAAAAUACAAUAACAAUACUAAUGGUAGAUGUUGCCUGUGAGGUUGUGAUGGCAUUCACAAGACUGGACAAUUUCUAAACGCAAUGCUUAUCAAAGCAAUGAAGAGUAACACGAACAUAUCUUUCUGAAGAAAAAAGACAUUCCAAAAA